UUCCUUCUAAAUCAACACCCUCCUCCCACCCUCCUCCUUCCUCACCAACGUUCUCAUUUUCUCUCUGUGGCGUCAUUUCCCGCCACUGUCACGGUCUUUGUUUCUGGAAAAAACUGCAUGAUCUCAAAAUGUCGGCCCCAGUAGACCAUACUGAACAACAAGUUGAAGCGAUUCCUCAGUCUACAGCUACACCGAAUUGGACAAACAAUAUUUCAAAUAUAAAAACAGUCAAGGUUAGCAACCUAUCACUGGCUGUCUCUGAAAUGGACGUUAGAGAAUUCUUUUCAUCCUCAGGUGAUAUUCGGCAUGUUGAGAUGAAAAGGGAAAAUGAGAGCGCCCAGGUUGCUUAUGUUACCUUCAAGGAGUCCCCGGGGGCUGAGACAGCAUCACUUUUGACAGGUGCCAAAAUAGCGGAUCUUUACGUCAGCAUUACACUCGAUGAGAAAUACCAGCCGCCACAAGAAGCUCUUCCUGCAACCCCUGAUAAAAGGCAAUCUGCUGCUGUAUUUAAGAAGGCUGAAGAUGUGGCUAAUUUGGUGUUUGCCAAGAGUGUUACUAUAGGAAAGGAUGCACUCAACAGGGCGAAAUCCUUUGACGAACGCCAUCACUUGAUCUCAAAUGCUUCUGCCACUGUUGCUUCCAUAGACCAGAAAAUAGGUUUAAGUGACAAACUAAGCAUUGGAACAGCUAUGGUGAAUGAAAAGGUGAGAGAGAUGGAUGAAAGGUUUCAGGUUUCUGAAAAGGCAAAGUCUGCUCUUGCUGUUGCUGGGCCAAAGGCCAGUAGUGCUGUGUCUGCUGUCAUGAGUAAUCCUUAUGUUUCUAGUGGAGCUUCAUAUUUGUCAAGAACCUUCUCUGCUGUUGCAAGGGCUGCUGGCGAUGUUGGCACUAUGACAAAGGACAAGGUGGGACAGGCUGACCUGGAAAAGGAGGAGGUUGUUCAUAAGGAAAAGGAAGAGAUCAGAGAAGAGGCCGGGAGCCGACCGGUAGUUCCUGUUAAUUCGGCCGAUGACAGCAAGCCAGCAGUUGCGUGACUUGGACUGACUUCCAAUUCUCCACAUUCUCAUCAGUAUUGUAUGAUUGAUUUUUUGGAUGCUUACACUCUACUCAAUAUUCAGUUGCUGCAAUUUGACUUUGUUGCAAACUUGUUAUGAUCUAAAGGCUGUUUCUCGUUUGAAAGACCUAAUUCUUUAAUAUUGGUCAAUAUUGAAUGGAUAAGAUCAAUUGUUAUUUA